AAUAAGAAUAAAAAAGAACUUUGAACAUUGCACAAUAGAGAGGGAACCAUAGCGUCUCGCGGCGCAACAAAAGGAGAUAACCAAAUGAAUGAUCUGGAAAUGCGAAUUUUCUGACGCGAUUUAAACUAUAAUAACCACACGUGAGUUGGCAUUGGCCUUAGUAACCGUUUCAAUUCGAUCAUGAAAAGAAGCUGACCAAAAAUUAUACUAUUUUAAAAAAUAAAUUAAAUUUAUUUCAUUAAUUAACCACAAUUUUAUAUAAAAAAGAAAUAAAAUGAGUGUAUUCUCAAGAUUUCGUGCUUUCACAAAACGUCACCCAAUCGUCAGGGGAAUAUUGUCGUAUGGUACAAUUUGGCCUACAUCAUGUAUCAUACAACAAACAAUUGCUGGAAAAACUUGGGAUAAUUAUGAUUGGAAGCAAGCAUUGAGAUUUAGUUUGUAUGGGGGUCUUUUUACCGCACCUACCCUCUACGGGUGGAUUAAAAUCUCAAGUAUGAUGUGGCCCGGAGCCACAUUACAAGUUGCUAUAACUAAAGCUUUAGUAGAACAAGUUACUUACGGGCCAGCUGCAAUGUGCUGUUUCUUUUUCGCAAUGAAUUAUAUGAACACAUAUAAUGUUGAUGAGGCUAUAGAAGAAGUUAAAAUGAAAUUCUUCCCUACAUAUAAAGUUGGAAUUUGUGUUUGGCCAGUUCUCCAAACAAUAAACUUCCUAUAUAUUAAAGAAAGAAAUAGGGUCCCUUACGUUAGUAUGUGUAGUUUGGUUUGGUGUUGUUUCUUAGCUUACAUGCACGAAUUGAAAACAAGAGAAAAGUUAUUGGCUACAACGUCACCCCAAAUUCAACAACAAAAGUUAACUUUAUAACGAUUAAUUUUCCUUAUUUAUGUUUUAAUUAACUUGUACAUUAUUUAAUUUC